AUGCAAAGCCUUUGGCUUUCUUAUGUCGCUCCUCAUAGCCCUGAACUUCUUCAACUGUCAUCGAAACAAUUAGCCAAAAAGAAGAUUUGUAUCAGGCAUUUCGAACAUCAAUAUCUUGAUGGCUUCACGAGGAAAUACCACGGUUAUCCUACUCUACUGACUGAAGAAGAAAUAGCUUGUGGAGUACCCAGUCAAUCCAUCACUGACUAUUAUGAUCAUACUUACUGUAAAAGAAGGCAAGGUAUGGAAGAAGCAGCUCCUGAAAUAAUUAAAAAGCCAAAAUAUAGUAAAGAAUACAUGCUGGUUAAUUUAGAUAAUUCACAAAAUAGUAAAAGAGAAAAUACUGGAGAGACUUCUGUGUCAGAUGACAUCACCAUGUUGUCAAAGCCAUCAACUUCUCAGCAAAGUUAUUACAUCUCCAUGUCGCCAAAACCAUCAACUUCUCAGCAAAGUUAUGAUGUCCCCAUUUCACCAAAGCCAUCGACAAUUCAACACAGUGAUAAAAACAAAUGUAUUAAGCUUGUAAAAAGUAGACCUCGACUUGUAACCAAUAUUAACAACUUAACUCCAAGAUGUCGAAGGUUGUACUUUAAGUGUAAAGAUAUGAUUAAAAGAAAGAGAUUGUUUACAAGUAAUGAAGAUAACAAACAAAACAUUGCUCAUGCAGAAAUUCUUAGCAAUACCAAAAGUUUUAGAAAAUUAAUAGAAAAGUUAGAUUUCUUCCCAAAACAGUUUAUAGCAUUGCAGCUGAGGUUUGCUGGUAAAGCUUCAAAAGGAAGAAGCAUUGUUUUUGAUGAAGUUCAGUUAUCUGCACAUUUGAAUUUUAUUGCAAGCAAUGAUGAAAUUGAGGGGUUUGUAAAAGCAGAUGGGCCCCCAAAAUUUGCUGACCAUGCUUUGGUAGUGAUGCUCAGAGGUAUUUGUGCAUCAUGGCGACAACCAGUCGCUUACUAUUUUUGCCAAGGAACUACACCAGCAGCUACUUUGAAACAUAUUUUAAAGGAUAUGGUUAAGAUAGUAAUCGAAUCUGGAUUAAAGCCUUUAGCCUUCAUUUGUGACCAGGGAGCUACAUCACAGCGUGCUCUUAAAGAUCUUCAAGAAGAGACUAAGAGACACUGUUUUCAAAAUAAUAUAAAAUUUGAUGGUAGUAUCCUAAUUGGGGGAACGCACCUCACUGAAAUUACUGGAGUCAUAAGAUACGUACCUAAAGACUUAAACAAUGAAGACAUAUACAAAAGCAUUACCUGCGAUGCAGAAGUCAUCUCCGUCAAGAGAUUUAUGAGAAAGAUAGAUGGAAAGCUCACUCCGCUGGGGACCAUUGCAGUGACCUUCGCUGCGACAGCGCUGCCGCAGCACGCCUACAUAUAG